GUUUACAGACUAAUCUAGACUUUGGCCACAUGGGAGCGGUGUUGCGCUGUCUCGCGCUGAAACAGCAGCAGAAGAAGGGCGGUUCCGGUCCUCGUGGGAGAAGAGGAGCAACAUGGCGCCUCCAGGGGGGAAGAUAAACAGACCCAAGACGGAGCUCGGGAAGAAGCUCUUCAAGCGGCGCCGGGUUCUGGGCCGGCAGAAGAAGAAGCAGAACCAGAUCAUUGGUGCCGUAGUAGACCGAGACCUCAUCACCGUCCAUCACCUGAAGAAGAGACGGUCCAGCCCCAGAGCCAACAUCACACUCUCUGGGAAGAAGAGGCGGAAGCUGCUGAAGCAGCUGCAGCACCUGCAGACGGAGAAGUCGUCCAUGGAAGUGGAACCAGAACCACAGAAGAAGAAGAUCUCCUCUUCAUCAUCAGCUGCUUCAAAGAAGAGGAAGAAGAAGGGGCCUAGUUGCCAUGGAGACGUGGAGAUGGAGGAUGUGGAGUGAGCCGAGGUCCAAUUCGUCAAGAAGGUUCUGCAUGAACUCAGAACCACCUGGUGUGGAUCAAACCAGCAACCAGAACCUUCUCUGAGCUUCAUCUGGUCCGGUUUAUCGGAACCGCUGAGGAACCGAAGCUGCAGAUUAAUUUCUGUUUCUGAGGACAGAACCUGUUCAGAACCCAAUGGAUAUUUUUACUGUUUCUCUGUUGUAAUAAAAAGGUCCAAAUGUUC